AUGUCGAAUAGUGCAGAAAUACGGAAUGAAAUCAAUGUACCACAACUAUUUUCGGAUGUAUCGCAUACAUUAAAUGGAUUCAAGAAUUUAUUCAUCCCAUCUUCGAGAACUUCUGGUGCAGAAGUAACAGCACAUUAUGAUGCCCCUUCUUUAUCCAAUACUGUUGCUGAUAUCUUCUCGGGCAAUGUAUGUUUCAAGGCAUGUGGUAUGGAAGAUAUCCAGUUAGCUGCCCAGAAAGCUAGUGAACUAUUCAUAACUGUGCGAUACUGUAUUAUUACGCUAACAAUAUUCGUCAUUAUUUGUAUGAUUUUACUUUCAAUGGUACUUGCUUGGUAUCUGCUCAAGACAACAUUAAUCUUUGAUGGACGCUGUGGACUACCAAUUGAAUCAACCUUCAAUGGUACAUCAUCCAUGUUCAAUCAUAGCCGUUAUCAAAAAACUCGAUCAGCAACUCCAACGAGAGAAGACUUGAGAAAAUAA